AUGAGUGACAGAGUAUUAUUGAAGGUGUAUUAUUUUGGUCAGAUUUUGUUACAAACAUCUGAAGGAGUCAGAUUUGUUUGUGAAAAUCUGUUAGAUGUUGUGAUUCCUUUCACAAUCUCAUUUGAAGAGCUCAAAGGUGUGAUCUGUGAACAGAUUAAUUCUCAGAGGGCAAUAAGAAUAUCUUGUAUUCUGUAUAGAUAUCCUAUACAAGUGUUUGGUGGAUUCGUCCAGUUUCAAACGAAAUAUGUAACGGACGAAGCGAGCAUGCAAGAUAUGUUUUCCAUGUAUAUUGAAAAUCGGAGUCAACUCUUGUUCAUCGAGUUGUAUGUUGAGUUUGAGCAAUCUGAGGCCGACCAGAAUAUUUUACGGGAAAAUUACAAUAGUGACAGUGAAGAAGAGUUCGAAAGCAACUACGAAUUUGUUGGUCCAUAUGGAGAUGGGGUUGCAGGUGAGGGAGCUAUAGCUCCGGAUGUGUCUGACGUGGCAACUGCACUGGCAAAUGAUGUGCCGUUUGAGGAGCUAUCAUUCAUGCGAGUUUUGGAUUUGGAAGCCAUGCAUGUUCCGGAGUUUCCGGAUUAUAUCAGUGCAGAAAUUCCUUUUGUCGCAGAUGGUGAAUUCGCCGUUGGGAUGGAAUUCAGUUCUAGGGAAGCUGUUAUUAAAGCGAUAAAAGAGUAUACUAUUCGAAGAAGCGUAGACUACCGGGUGUAUGAAUCUGAGCCGUUGACAUUUUAUGCGAAAGCAACAAUUUCUCAGGAUCAUUCGAAGCUGGAUUCGACCACAAUUGCAGAAGCAAUUAAGCCGUUGGUUGAGGCUGACCCCGCCUUAAAGGUAAAAUCGGUUAUAGUAGAGGUGCAAUCGAAAUUCAACUACACUGUUAGUUAUCGGAAAGCAUGGUUCGCUAAGCAAAAGGCAGUGAAAAAAAUAUUUGGAGGCUGGAAAGCAUCGUACGAAGCGUUGCCUAUUUGGUUUGAGGCCAUGUGUCACAAGGAGCCGUCAGCUGUUGUUCAUUUUGAGACUAUGCCUGCAUAUCAAGGCGAUGACUUAGUGACUGAUAUUCGAGUGUUGUAUCGUGUCUUUUGGAGUUAUUACCCCUGCAUUAGAGCAUUCAGACAUUGUAAGCCAGUUGUCCAGGUGGAUGAGACUCACUUGUACGGAAAGUACAAGGGUUGUCUACUAGUGGCAGUGUCACAGGAUGGCAACAACAAUAUCGUCCCAAUUGCGUUUGCGAUUGUGGAGGGAGAGACUUCAGAUGCGUGGCACUUUUUUCUAAGUAACCUUCGUCAGCAUGUUGUCACUCGGGAUGGUGUGGAACUGAUAUCCGACCGUCACGAAUCCAUAAAUGCAGAUGUGGAAAGGAGUAACGGGGCUUGGUCACCUCCUAGAGCUUUUCAUAUGUUUUGCAUCAAGCAUAUAGAGUCGAACUUUCUGAGAAAAUUCAAGGCGCCGUACUUGUAG